AUGUUAAUCCAAGUCCCCAGGAGACUUCUUCAAAGCAACUGGGAGCCCUGCAGGCUCACUCCCAACUCUCUCCACACACAGAUUCGAGAGGAGGACAAGAGCCCCCCUCCAUCCUCCCCACCUCCUUUGUUCUCCGUCAUCCCUGGGGGCUUCAUCAAGCAGCUGGUUCGAGAGACAGAGAAAGAGUCCAAAGAGGCUAGGCGGAGGAAAGAGGCAGCGCUCGCCUCCCCAGAAGCAGAGACCCCAGAAGUCCCCACUAACCAAGCCAACAAGACCAACAUUGUCCCCAAGUCUGGAAGUCGACGGACUUCCCAGGACAGCUCAUCAGCCACUCAGAAGGAUGCCGACAUUCCAGGCAAGGAGCCCCCAGAGGCCCAUGACAAGAGCUCCACCCCUGUGACCAGCACCAGUGGAGAGAGGCCGCAGGAAUCGAGUCCCGCAGGAACACCAGCCAAAAGGACCCUGCCCCUCAAGAGGGGCGUGAGGAGGGGCGAUGUGCUGCUGAUGGUGGCCAAGCUGGAUCCAGAGUUAGCCAAGCCAGAACAGAAGACCCAACCUCGUGACACCCCCAAGGACAAGACCCCAGCCACAGACCCUGGAGGGACAAAGAAAGGGGCAACCACAGGGGCUCCCUGUGCCCCCCAGACACCUGUACCUGAGAAGAAUAUGACUGGGGAUGAUGGAGCCACAGGCCAGGGCACAAAAGAUGGGAAGAGUCAGGGCUCAGAGGGGGAGGGGAGCCGGGACCCCCAGACCAAAGGACAAAAGGAACGUGAGUCCCAGAGCACAGAGGGACAGGGGACCAGGUCUCCAGUCCAAGGGGGAGGAAAGAAGGGACAAGUGGGAACAGUGGAGAAAGAAAGAGGGGGUCCCCCAAAGAAGAUGGAAAAAGGGGAUGGGUCGAAGGGCUCAGGAGCUGAAGUGAGACCUUUGGAGCCCCCAGUCCCCAUAAGGAAGUGGGGAGGGUCCCUGGGCCGAAGGAGCAAAUGGGACAGUCCUCAGAGCAAGAACAGAGAAAGCGAAUCUCAACAUAGGGGUGAGAAGACAGGAAAAGCAGAACCCAGGGGGCAGCAGCAGGAGGCCCCAGGGAGCAUGGGAAAGGCCGAGGGACCCCAGAAGAAGCCGGUGACACCAGAAAAAUGCCAGGAGCAGCCUGAGGUGGCAGUGGAGACUCAGAGUCCCCAGGAAAGCUGCAAGGCCCCAGCUGGGAUACCUACAGAAGGAACCUCGGCAGAGGCUGCGAGGAGGGAGGACCAACUGGAAAGCAGGGUGCAGGUGGCCAAGGAACCUUGUGUGCACGCAGAGGAAGAAGUGGACAUUGUGGAGUCUCAGGCAGAAGGGCACGUAGAGUCCAUUCCUCAGCCCCAUUUGGAAAGGCCUUCUAUGCAGAAGCCUGUGGAAGAGAAGCAGGUCCUGCAGGACCCAGGCAGCGGGGGCCAGAGUGGAGACUCUGACCAGGCCUCAGGGGACAGCUGGUACGAGGCGCAGAAAGUCUGGCUGGUGCAGAAGCAGGGAUUCACACUUGCCACAGUGCUCAAACCAGAUGAGGGGACAGCUGACCUGCCGGCUGGAAGGGUGCGCCUUUGUAUCGAUGCUGACAAGACUGUCACAGAAGUAGACGAGGAACAGGUUCACCGAGCCAACCCGUCUGAGCUGGACCAGGCCGAGGAUCUGGCUUCUCUGGUCAGCGUCAACGAGUCAAGCGUUCUGAACACGCUUCUACAACGUUACCGGGCUCAGCUGCCACACACCCGUUCAGGCCCUGAUCUGAUAGCCAUGCAGCCCCAGAAGACCACAGUGCCCUCUGCAGGGAAGGUACCCCGAGGCCGCCAGGAUGGUCUGCCUGCCCAUGUCACAUCCCUGGCCCAGCGUGCCUACUGGGCACUGCUCAGCCAGAGAAGAGACCAGAGCAUCGUGGCACUGGGCCGGAGUGGGGCUGGGAAGACCACCUGCUGUGAGCAGGUGCUGGAGUACCUGGUGGGCAUGGCAGGCAGCGUGGAUGGCAGGGUGUCAGUGGAGAAGCUCCAGGCUGCCUUCACCGUCCUGCGGGCCUUUGGCUGUGUGUCCACUGGCCACAGCCGCAGGGCCACCCGUUUUGCCAUGGUGAUGAGCUUGGACAUCAGUGCCACAGGCCGUGUCACCGCGGCUCAGCUCCAGACAAUGCUUCUGGAGAGCAGGCAUGUGGCCUGGCAGCCACAAGGGGAAGGCAACUUUGAAGUUUUCUCCCAGCUGCUAGCUGGGUUGGAUCUGGAUCUCAGGACAGAGCUGAACCUGCACCAGAUGGCAGACAGCAGUGCCUUUGGCAUGGGCGUGUGGCCCCAGCCUGAAGACAAGCAGAAGGCGGGGGCUGCAUUCUCCCAGCUCCAGGGCGCCAUGGAGCUGCUGGGCAUCUCGGAAGAUGAGCAGCAAGCCAUUUGGCGGGUGCUGGCAGCCAUCUACCACCUGGGUGCAGCAGGGGCAUGCAAAGUGGGUCGGAAGCAGUUCAUGCGGUUUGAGUGGGCCAACCGCGCUGCCGAGGCCCUGGGCUGUGACUACGAGGAGCUGAAUUCCGCCACCUUCAAGCACCACCUGCGGCAGAUUCUCGAGCAGAUGACAUCAGGGCCACAGCGCCAGGGCCUGGAGGACAACGAAGCCUGCUCAGGACUCAAGAUGACAGGUGUGGAAUGUGUGGAGGGAAUGGCCUCUGGCCUGUACGAAGAGCUCUUUGUGGCCGUGGUCUCCCUCAUCAACAGAUCUUUCUCCUCCCAACAUCUGUCUAUGGCGUCCAUCAUGGUGGUUGACUCUCCAGGCUUUCAGAAUCCUCGGCACCAGGGCAAGGACCGGGCGGCCACCUUUGAGGAGCUGUGUUACAAUUAUGCCCAGGAGCGUUUGCAGCUGCUGUUCUACCACAGGACCUUUGCUUCUACUCUGGAGAGAUACCGAGAGGAAGGCAUUCCCGUGCACUUUGACCUCCCAGAGCCAUCCCCAGGAAUUACGGUGGCUGUUGUGGAUCAUAAUCCCUCCCAGGUCCACCUACCGGCUGGAAGAAGUUCUGAGGAUGCCAGGGGCCUUUUCUGGGUCUUGGAUGAAGAGGUCCGGGUGGAAGGCUCCAGUGACAGUGUGGUGCUUGAGCGUCUGCGCACAGCCUUUGAGAAGAAGUCGGCUGGGGCGGAUGGACCCCCUGUGCUGCGGACCUGCGAGCAGCCCCUUCAAUGUGAGGUAUUCCACCAGCUGGGACUGGACCCUGUGCGCUAUGACCUCACAGGCUGGCUUCGCAGAGCCAAGCCCAACCUCUCAGCCAUGGAGGCCCCCCAGGUCCUGCAGCAGUCAAAAAGGGAGGAGCUGCAGAACCUCUUCCAGGCCCGGGCCAAGCUGCCUCCUGUGUGCCGUGCGGUGGCAGGGCUUGAGGGCACCUCCCAGCAGGCUCUGCACCGGAGUCGUGUGGUGCGGAGGGCUUUUGCCAGCGGCGUUGCUGCACUGAAGAGGAAGGCUCCCUGUGCCCAGAUCAAGCUGCAGAUGGAUGCUCUCAUCAGUUUGCUGAGUCGGUCUCAGCUGCACUUCAUCCACUGUCUUGUGCCAACCUCAGUGGAAAGCAAGACUGGGCAGGGGACUUCAUCGCCUCCACAGCCUGGUGGAGACCAAGGCGGAACCAACAAGCCCCUAGCUCUGGACAUUCCGGCCCUGAGGGUUCAACUCGCAGGCUGUCAUAUCCUAGAGGCAUUAAGACUGCACAGGGCAGGUUACGCUGAACACAUGGGGCUUGCUCAGUUCCGCCGCCGGUUCCAGGUGCUGGACCCUCUGCUACUGAAGAAGCUUGACUCCACCCCUGAGGGACUGGAUGAGAGAAAGGCAGUGGAGGAACUCUUGCAGACCCUGGAUCUGGAAAAGAAAGCAGUGGCCGUGGGGCACAGCCAGGUUUUCCUCAAGGCAGGUGUGGUUUCCAGGCUGGAGAGGCAACGAGAGAAGCUGGUGUCCCGGAAUAUCAUUCUCUUCCAAGCAGCUUGCAGGGGCUUUCUGUCUCGCCAGGAGUGUAAGAAGCUGAAGAUCCGGAGGCUGGCCGCACAGUGCAUCCAGAAGAACCUUGCUGUGUUCCUGGAGGUCAAGGACUGGCCAUGGUGGGGGCUUCUGGCAUCUCUUCGGCCCCUGCUGAGCCCCACCCUUAGCAUGGAGCAGCUUCGCGCCAAGGAGGAGGAACUGACACUGCUGAGGCAGAAGCUGCAGAAGUCGGAGAAGUCGAGAAGCGAGCUCAGACAGAGCGCGGACCUGCUGGAGAGCAAGAUCACAGACUUGACCUCAGAGCUUGCUGAUGAAUGCUUCAAAGGUGAUAUAGCCUGGCAGGCACUGGAGAGCGAACAGGCACAGCGACUUCAGGCGCUCCGAGAGGUUCAGGAGCUCAAGGCUAAGUACCAGCAAGUGCAGAAGGCAUUGGGGGAAGCUCAGCAGCAGCUGGAGGAGGCACAGCAGAAGAGCCAGCUGGCCAACUUUGAAGAGAAACAUGCAGGAGGAGCGGAGGAGUGGCAGAUGCGCUUGGACUGUGCUCAGAUGGAGAAUGACUUCCUGCGCAAGCGCCUUCAGCAGUGUGAGGAGAGGCUGGACUCCGAGAUGAAGGCCCGGACAGAGGUGGAGCAGAAGCUUGGGGAUCUACAGAGAGCGUAUGAAGGGGCCAAGAAGACGGCUCACCAGCUGAAGAGGAAGUGCCACCACCUCACCUGGGACCUGGAGGACACUCGAGUGCUGCUGGAGAACCAGCAGAGCAGAAACCACGAGCUGGAGAAGAGGCAGAAGAAGUUUGACUUGCAGCUGGCCCAGGCACUGGGGGAGUCGAUGUUUGAGAAGACUCUCAGGGAGAAAGUGAGCCAGGAGAACAGCGGAGUUCGCUGGGAGCUGGGCCAGCUACAGCAGCAGCUGGAGCAAAAGGAGCAGGAAGCCUCAAAGCUGAAACAGGAGUUGGAAAGGCUGCAGGGGCAGAAGCGGGAGCUGCUGAACUGUGCCUCUGUGGGGGAGCAAGGCGUGGCCAGCCUGAAAGAGAGGGUCUGGGAGCUGGAGUCCAGUGCCCUUGAGCAGGAGAAGGUGCACAGCCAGCAGGAAAACACCAUUAAGCAGCUGGAGCAGCUUCACCAGCGGUUUGAGUUGGAGAUCGAGAGGAUGAAGCAGAUGCAUCAGAAGGACAGAGAGGACCAGGAAGAAGAGCUGGAGGAUGUGCGUCAGUCCUGCCAGAAGCGGCUCCGUCAGCUAGAGAUGCAACUGGAGCAGGAAUAUGAGGAAAAGCAGGUGGCUCUCCAUGAGAAGCGUGAUUUGGAAGGUUUGAUUGGAACCCUGUGUGACCAGAUUGGCCAUCGUGACUUUGAUGUAGAAAAGCGUCUCCGCCGGGACCUCAGGAGGACACAUGCUCUGUUGUCUGAUGUUCAGCUCCUUCUGGCCACCAUGGAGGAUGGCAAGGCAUCAGUCAGCAAGGAAGAGCUGGAGAAGGUGCAAAGUCAGCUGGAGCAGAGUGAGGCUAAAUGUGAGGACGCCUUGAAGACCCAGAAGGUGCUGACUGCGGACUUGGAGAACAUGCACAGUGAACUGGAGAAUGUGACCCGGAGCAAGACCCUGGUGGACCAGCAGCUGUCCAGGCUGCAGUUUGAGAGGGCAGACCUGCUGAAGCGCAUCGACGAGGACCAGGACGACCUGAACGGCCUCAUGCAGAAACACAAAGACCUCAUUGCACAGUCUGCUGCUGACAUCGGGCAAAUUCAGGAGCUGCAGCUGCAGCUGGAAGAAGCCAAGAAGGAGAAGCAGAAGCUGCGGGAGCAGCUGCAGGUGGCACAGCUUCGGAUCCAGCACCUGGAGCAGUCCACCGUGGACCGCGCCAUUGUCAGCAGGCAGGAAGCUGUCAUCUGUGACCUGGAGAACAAGACAGAGUUCCAGAAGGUGCAGAUGAAGAGAUUUGAGGUCCUGGUAAUCCGGCUUCGGAACAGCCUGAUUAAGAUGGGUGAGGAGCUGUCUCAGGCAGCCAAGUCGGAGGCCCAGCAGCGAGAAAACAGCCAAUAUUACCAGCGGCGCCUGGAGGAGCUAAAGGCGGAGAUGCAGGAGCUGGUGCAGCGGGAGGAGGAGGCCAGCCGGCGCUGCAUGGAGCUGGAGAAGUAUGUGGAGGAGCUGGCCGCUGUAAGGCAAACGCUGCAGGCAGACCUGGAGACGUCCAUCCGACGCAUCGCAGACCUGCAGGCAGCGCUAGAAGAGGUGGCAUCUAGCGAUAGUGAUACCGAAAGUGUCCAGACAGCCGUGGACUGUGGCAGCCGCAACAGAAAAGAGGAGGACAAUGCCUCUGUCAUCAGCUCCCAGCCAGAGGGUAGUCUACAGUCCUGGAUGAGCUGCUCCCUGUCCCUAGCCACAGAUGCUGGGAGGACCCCCUCUCGACAGUCGGCUGUCAGCAGCUCUCUCCUCAGUCCCAGAGUAAGCAAAGAGGCUGGAGAUGCUGAAAGGCUAAGACCAUUGUCCUCGGCACUGAGUGGAACCUGGGACACUCCCAGAGAGACCUCGAGGGGUGGUUCAGUGUCUCUGCACCCAGUCUUCCCACCAAAGCCCUACCAUUUGGGGGAUGGAGAAGGCUUUGCUGUCCACAGAAAGGCCGUCCCAGAGCGACCAGAAACUCUGUCCUCGUCUCCCACUUCUCAGAGCAUGGCUAUGUCACCCCCGCCCAGGGACAAACUACCGAGCCCGUCGGCUGCUCUCUCAGAGUUUGUUGAAGAACUCCGCAGAAAGAGGGCCCAGAGAGGUCACCAUUCCUCUCUGCGCCUGGGGGAGGGGCCCAUGCUCCCUAUUUUCCAGACCACUGGGGCUUCCUCACUUAGGAGGGGCAGAGCCAACAGCGAUGAGGGAGACCUCUCAGUGUGGACCCGGGCAAAAUCUCCUCUGGGAGCAGAGGGAAACCCCAAGGCCACAGCUGGUCUCUCACGGUCCACCAGUCUCAAGUGUAUCGCCUCAGAGGACACUGAGGACAUGGCCCUGCUGCCUCACAAGCAGAAGACACGGGUUGGUUCCUGUGAGUCCCUCUUAGAGUUGGGACCCAGCACAAGGAGAAAAUCGGGCUCUCCCGCGGCACUCAGGGACCCCAGCCCUCCUGUGGCACUCAGGGACCCCAGCUCUCCCGUGGCACUCAGGGACCCCAGCUCUCCCGCGGCACUCAGGGACCCACUCUUAUCACCUACCCUGCGGCCCAGGAGGCGGUGUCUGGAGUCCUCUGUGGACGAUGCCGUCGGCUUAGACCUUGGGAAGGAAUCUCUCGUCUUCCAGAACCGCCAGUUCUCUCAUCUGAUGGAGGAAACUCUGGACAGUGAUCCAUUCAGCUGGAAGCUUCCAAGCCUCAACUACAGACGCCAGACCAAAGUGGACUUUGAAGACUUUCUCCCAGCCAUCAGGAAAGCCGGCACUGCUUUGUCCGCGGCUGCCAGAGACGAGAAGGAGGCUUCAAAACAUCCAAACGUCCACUUUGAGACGGAAGAGGCUGACCGCUCUUUUCUCUCGGGGAUCAAAACCAUUUUGAAAAAGAACCCAGAAUCUAAGGAGGACCCUGCUCACCUCUCUGACUCCUCCUCAUCCUCGAGCUCCAUCAUAUCCUUCAAAAGUUCAGACAGCAUCAAGAGUGGUCCAAGAGUCCCAAGACUCCAAGGUGACGGUGGCGAGCAGAUGUCCCCUGAGCACAGAGAGCCUGGCACCAUGAGGAAAGGUGAUGACGUUGAGAGCAUCAUGAGGAAGUAUCUCCAACCGUAGGGUUUGGUGCAGCCUCCCCAGACACCGGGGCCACCAAAGACACCCUACUCCAAACCUGUGGAGAGAAAGAGAGAGACCCCCAAGCUCCUGGGGUCCUCCAUCAAGAGCCAGGAAACCUGGCCACUCUCAGGAUGUGGGACAGGCCCAAAGAGACAUGCCCCAGCAGGCCACCAGGCUGAACAUAUGCUUGGUCUGUAUUAAAUAAAGUUGGCUUCCUUGGGGUC